AUGGAACAGUUGCCUUCCCUUGUCCCCGAUUUGAAGAAACUGGAAACUGGUCUGCCGAUGUUUGAUGCUAUUUUCAAGGAAGAAGUCUUUGUUGUUGCUCCUCUUUUGUUUAUCAAGGCUGACAAUCCUUCUCUUGCCGAGGUUUCUUGUUUGAAAGCUUCAACAGCUACUUAUCCGUGUAGAAAAUGCUUCUGGUGUCGACAUGCUGAUGCUUUUGAUCCUAAUAGAAUUACCACGGCCGAAGAACACAUGUCAGUUCCAAACGAUGACUCGGAUAGUACGGAUUCCUCGAUACGUGUUCGUAACAGACAGGGUGAUUAUAUCAUGGUCGAAAACUUGAUGGACCUCGGCUUCGAGGAAACUGCUGGCAAAAGGAUUUUGACGUUGUCUUCUUGA